GAGAGCCCCAGGCAGGCCCACGAGGCCCUCCGUAGCAAACUUGGCUCAAGCCAUUUUGGUUCAAGCCACGUUGGGUUGAAGCCUUUGCGGUUCGAAACGUUGUGGCUCAAGCUGUUUUGUGUUGGCCGGUGCCACUUGGAUGUUUCUGUGAGAAGAAGCCGGUGAGUUUGUAAUCUGUCGAUUUGUUGAUGGUUAUGCCUUGCAGUCUGGGCGCCGCCCUGCUGAAUGCGCUCCUCCGUGCUUCUGCUAAGUCGGGGCGGGCGCCCUCCGCUGGGCAUCCAGGCGGCCGCUCUCGAGGCACGAGCGCAUGGGGGCGUAUGCCUUUCACGGACGUACAAAAGUUCACUUGACCAUUUGAGGUGGCAGUGCGCGGAGGGACACCAAUGGUCUACUUCGCUGCACACCGUGAAGGGCAAUGCUUCCAGGACAGGUUCGUGGUGCCCGCAGUGUGCUAACGCACGGAGGACGUUGCAACGCCAGCUCGCUCGCCUCGAAGUGGCUACGCAGGAGGCGUUGUCUCGGGGUGGGUGGUGCUUAAGCAAAUCAUAUGGAAACCAAAACGUGCCGUUAGAAUGGAGGUGCAGUCAGGGGCAUCAUUGGCAGAUGCCGCUCAGACGUAUCAUGAAGGGUGCUUGGUGCCCAGUGUGCGAUAGCGACAAUAUGUUAGAGAUCGCCGCCCGUAUCGCGAAGGCAAGGGGUGGAUCAUGUCUGUCCGCCAAUUACGUGAACUCCAACAUCCCGAUACGUUGGCGAUGCGCUAACGGACACGAGUGGUGUGCGCGACCCGCUGCAGUUUGGAGAGGAACAUGGUGCAAAGAAUGCCAUUACAAUAGUCGAAGGCUUGGCCUCGGGGCUGCUGUUGCGAUAGCUCGACAGCGUGGUGGACAGUGUCUGUCUACAUCUUUUGUUAAUGCGAAGAGCGCUCUUCAUUGGAAAUGCGCGCACGGGCACGAAUGGCAUGUUGCUUUGAAUCACGUUAAGUAUUCUGAUUCUUGGUGCCCACAGUGUGCUUCGGGAAAGACCGAACAAACAGUUCGCAGCAUUUUUGAGCGCAUAUUUCAAGGCCUGCGUUUUCCGAACUGCCGGCCGCGGUUCUUGGUUGGUCGAUUUGGACGUUCGUUGGAGUUGGACGGUUAUUGUGAGUCUUUAAAUUUAGCAUUUGAGUACAAUGGUGAGCAACACUACGCUCACGAUGCAUAUUUCAAUCGGAAGAGUGGCGAAGCUUGCCGGGACACAUUUCGCAAGCUUUUGACGCGCGACGAGUUAAAAGCCUCUCUUUGCGCAGCUGUGGGGGUAAAGCUUGUUGUUGUGCCAUACUGGGUCAAAGACAGAUGGAGCUUUAUCCGCGUAUCUUUGCUUCAAUGGUUUUGUGUGGCAGAGAUUUUUCCUUCUGCGCUUCAGUCGUAAUCGCAAGGACACUUCCAAGCGUUGUCACGUGCAUCGCUACUAUCACAUAUUCAAGGCGCGACUGCGCUUGGCAGGAUUGACUAAUACUGCAUGGACAAAAGCAGAACAGGAUGUUGAAGCCAUCCUGAAUUCACAAGCGCUAGAACGAACAA